UCACUAAAUAUGCUUCCAUAUGUUGUACAAUUUAUGAAUGAAACAGGUAUGUUUUGAUCAUUUUCAGAGGAGCGAGGACGUUUGAUAAUUUACAACGCAUUGUGUCUCCGAAAGGGUGUAACAGCGACUGUCCAACCAGCGAAUGAAUGAGCGCCCUGGGAUUGUCGUCCAGGGCUCCUAUUGGUCCACGAACAUGUCAAUCUCGCACGGACCGUGGUUGGUUGCGGAGCAGGUGAAGUGUUGCCUGUGGUUCAUCACAGGGCAACAAACAGCAGCGUACGCCGCCGGGGGGACGUCAACGGUGGAGUACGCGUCCAUUCAGGGAAAGGUCUGAGAAAGACCGUUACUGGGGCUUAUACAUGGAGAGCUGAAACUGAAUAUGAGGUUAACGUCCUUAAUGAUGUGCAUAUCUUCGGCUCUGCUAGUUAUUUUGCAUGUAUAUAUUGGAUUUUCUCAAGCUGCACCUCGCAUCAGUCUUUACGAUGCGUCGCCUCUCUCCAGGAAGCCCGGCUCAGCCUCCGACACCUGGGAGACCUUCCACACCGACAAGCCUCGUAGUUUACCCGAGAGCAGGGUCGCUCUCGGGCCUCUAGCCGGACUAACACCGUCGCCUGCCAUUGUUUCUACCGGCCUAACGACGACUACUAGCCCUACCUAUAAAACUGCAACCACCUUCCAGCCUCCAACAACGGACCCGACCACCACCACCACCACCACCACCACCACCACCACCGCCGCUUCUCUCACUGGAGUCAUUUCAGCGUCUAAAGAACAAAUUACACCACCGAUUUCCAGAUUAACCGGUGCCCGCAAAAGAUCCACCGAUGCACAAACAUCACUUUUUGCUCCGGAGAAAGCGCUGCAGACCUUGGUGUCUAUGGUCUCCCAGCGUUCAGCAAACGACGCCUGGUCUGCGGAUAAUAUCGGCACAUCUGUUACCUCACUACAGAAUAGUCAAGAGGGCGUCUGUAACUGCAGCAGCGGCGGCGAGGGGAUUCUGGAUCCGGACGAGUGUGAUCAGAGCACCGGUCAGUGCUCGUGUCUGUCGGGCUACAGCGGCCUGCAGUGUGAGGACUGCGAGGAGGGACACUUCACCAACGGCACCAGCGGCUGCCUGCCCUGCGCCUGCGACUCAUUCGGUGCGGUAGACAACCUCUGUGACAGCUCAGGGACAUGUGUGUGCAAGACGGGAGUGUACGGGCCCAAAUGUGAUGAGUGCCACCCGGGUUUCUUCCACUUCAGCAGCACCGGCUGUCGGCCCUGCCAGUGUCACAACCACACCAACUACUGCCAUCCACAGUCUGGAGUGUGUCUGAACUGCGAGGGUAACACCCAGGGAUCCAACUGCGAGGAGUGCAAGCCUGGUUCCUACCGCAGCCCCGGCACUGCCCUGACUGAAGCCUGCGCACCGUGUCCCUGCUCCAACUCCACCUCCACCGGCACCUGUCACACCGAUCCCAGUGGCUCUCCAGUAUGUGACCAGUGCCUUUCCUACUACACUGGUCCACAGUGUGACCAGUGCAGCGCCGGUUUCUACAAAGCGUCCGGGGCUUGCGUUCCGUGUGACUGCAGUGGGAACGCAGACCCUCAGGGCCCCACCCAGCUCUGUCACCCCGACACCGGCCACUGCCUCCGCUGCACCAAUAACACCACCGGGCCCCAGUGCCACCUCUGUGCUCCGGGAUUCAUAGGGGACGCCCGAGCACAUAACUGCACCUCUCUAACUCUCCGGAUCAUUCCCACACCAGCCGGUACAACCACAACAGCAGCCCCCACAUCGAGUACAUCUUCCUCCACGCCUGCUACCAGCACCGCUCUGACCUCCGCCGCAGCGAGAGGCGUCCCAGCCUCCACGUCCAGCAGCAACACGAGCACCGCGCUGAGCACCGCCGCUACCACCCAGGCCCUGCUGACCAGCCUGAGCAGCCCCACCGACAACACGACGGCAGCCCUGACAGAAGUCUCUUGGACGCAGUUUAACAUCAUCAUCCUGGCCGUCAUCAUCUUGGUGGUGGUGGUGCUGCUGGGCUUCGUCGGAGGCGUGUACACCUACAGGGAAUACCAGAACCGCAAGCUCAACGCCCCCUUCUGGACCAUCGAACUGAAAGAGGACAACAUCAGCUUCAGCAGCUACCACGACAGCAUCCCCAACGCUGACGUGUCGGGCCUGCUGGAAGACGAGGCCAACGAGGUGGCGCCCAACGGCCAGCUGGCACUCACCACGCAGGGCAACUGCUACAAGGCUUAGCACUCCAUCCAUCGACAGACUGGACACCUAGAUUUACAGAUGACACAAAGCUGCUGGAAAGUACCAAAUCCAAAGCUCCUUCAUGUAUGACUGCUUGUUGUUACCCUUCUCGUCUGCGGCACAUCACAACACUUUGCAAACUGACAGUGAGAUCGAGCAGAUGUGAUCAAAAAUACGGAAAAGAGACGCAGACUUUCCACUUGAAACGUUUUCCCUUUUUGAUAUAAUUUUGUGGGGAAUGGGCGAUCAGUGAAAAGGGUCCAAAGAAAAAAAGUGUUUUGUUUGAGUUGUGCCUGCAGAGGGCAAUGUUGUGCAGAUUUGUUAGGUCAUUGGCAUGGCAUAGGACAGGUGCCAAGCAUACUCCUAUUUGCUGAAACAAUGAUCCUAACAGCGGUUAGAGGACUUGCAGGAGCCUAGCAUUUCAUAUAUUUUUAAAAUGGACUUUUGACUGUUUAAGUUAUAAUCGGAUCACUUGACCUGUGAUCUUCAACUGAGACAAUGAUUGUUAUUUAAUGAAUUUUUAUUCAGUUCUUAUUUAUUGGUUGACGUUUCAUUCUUGGAAGAAAUGCUGCACAUGUAUGAUGUGUUUAUUCAUGGUGUUUUAUCUUACGUGCUGUCGAAUGGUAAUUUGAAUCGGACAAUAUGUUUCCAUGUAUAGUUUGUGUGUUUUUGAGAGAGUCAUAUGGGAAGAUGAAGGCUGCUGGCACACGCGUUAUCUUUUUGUUUAUAGCUUCUUGUCUUUUCUUAAAGCGUGCCAGCUCACCUGAAGUAUCCAAGAGGAGUGUUUCUUUUAAAGGAACUACAAUUACCAUUUCUAUACUCUUACUGGUUGGCACAACUGCAGGGCAGUGACUUAUAUGAGGCUUACGUAAACCGUCAUAAUCUACUGUCUAAUCUAUGUCAUAAUCUAAUCUGCUCUUUGCUGCCUACCUCAGCAAAAUUUGAACAAACCAUUUGAAAAAUGUCUCGCAUUAAUGUAGAGGUCGGGUUCUGUGACUCAGCCUCAGAAGAUAAGACUGUUUGAUGUCUAAACAGAAACAGUAUUCUUAUAUUGAUACCUGUUUUUAGUCAAAAAAUCCCGCAGCCCACUGGUUAUUGUUAUCACCCACAGUCCAAUUGCAUCAGCUAAAACUGGGAGUUGCUGUAAAAUCGAUGCACUUGAAAGCCUCACACCUGAUCCUGGACACGGAUUCCAUGUUUUCUGUGCUGUUUAGGCUACCGUCGGUUGGGUGCGCUUCUUUUUACCAUGGCGAAUGAGUAAAGCUAAAUAUGGGACUAACUCCUCAGGUACUGGCUCUUUCCCUAAUGUGAUCACUGUAAAUAUGAUUAUUGUACAGAUGAAUGUGAAUAGUAGCACUAUUAUUGUACAGGUAGAAUACUGUGUGUACACUGUCACUCGACGAGCUCCCAAACCUUUCACUCUCCAGGGUGUGACGUCGCAGUCAGCCCACAGCUUUUUGUAUUUUUGUUUUUAUUUCUUAUUCUCAGUGGACUUUGCCAUAUACGCAGCUGCAGGAUUAAAAUGCACCACCCCUAACUGUUGCGCCCCAAAAAUAAAAUGAUGUGAAUAAUACCCCAAAGUCAGAGCUCAACUCUCAAAUAAAAACGGGGUUAACUGUU